CCUGGAGGCCGCGGCGUCAAUGCGUAAUUGCGCAAUCACGUCUGUGUGGCUGCUCGCAGCGCCGGUGGGAUGGCGGUGGCCUCCGGCGGAUGGCGGCGGUGACGAGCGGGGCGACGUGCGCCCGUCUGGGCGCAGCUCUCACCUACUACUGCCUCUUCGCUCAACAUGUGCUCGGUGGUCUGCCGGCUCCGCAAAAUGUGAGCUUGACUUCCAAGAACUUCAGCCUUUUUUUGACCUGGGCACCUGAAGAACACACACCUGAAACCUUCUAUAUAGUGGAGAUAAAGUCUUAUGAUGUCUGGCAACCUUUUGCCAAUUGCACCAAUCCACUUGGAGAAGGCUGUGAUGUUACAUGUACUAUUAGAAGCUGCUAUCAACAUUAUCAAGCCAAAGUUGGAAGCAAUGUGCCUGGGCAUCCCAUUUCCUGGAGCUUCUCCAGAUAUUUUUAUCCAUUUAAUGAGUUGGAACUCGGUGCACCUCAACUGAAAAUAGUUGUGAAAGAAGAAUCUGUACUGGUGCAUCUUCAAAUUAAGUUGGCUGCAUGCAAAGAAGAGGUGUUGAAAGCGUGUCUGAUUGAUAACUUGAGCUAUGAGGUGGAAUACUGGAAUACAGAUGAAGCUGUCAGACUGUCAGUUAAACAAAGCUCAACUGAGAAUGUAAUAGAAAUUGAAAAAGAUCAAUUGCAAGGCAGCAACAAUUGUGUGUCUGCACGGUCUGUAUACAAGAACAUGAUGAAAACAAGCAAUUUCUCUGAGCCUGUCUGUUUUGAACUGAAAGCCAAAGGAUUACAGGCUGAAGUGAUUCUCACCACUGUCGCCCCUCUGUUGGGAUUUUUGCUGGCAAUCUCAAUUUUGAUCAUUAUAACUACGGUCAAAGUGAAACAAAUUAUCUCUGUUCCGUCAAAGCUGAAGCCACCAGAAGCCUUGGAUUUCACAAGGACCAUCGCUUUUACCCAGGAGGAAGGUUACCAUUCAGUUGAAUGCAGUUUGCCAAGUGUUAUUGACUGUAACAAAAGUGAAGAAAUUAUUGAAGAAAAAACUGCCUUUGAAAGAACUGUAAAGCAGGAAGAAACUGAAACCAGUGUUUUGAAUGAUGUAGACUGCUCAAGUGAGAGCGAUGAGGAAAUUGAAUGUUCUGACUAUACUGAGAAUCGCUGGAUUCCUGAGGGAAUGGUCUUUGACAACGACGAACCCAUGGACGAUGACUUCCAUCAGACAGCUAAUACAGAACCAUAUCAAAAAGCAAGUGACUCUUUUAUGUCUAGUCACGUUGCCAUGGGCAUCCAGUCUCAAGUCUCUGACUGCUGUAAUCAUGAUACAUUUCAAACUGAUGAGGAUUGGCCUUCCAGUGUUACUUCAGAGGUGCUCAACGGCCGAAACUUCCGUGACAGUAUUGGUCUGCUUCAACACUGUAAUGAAGACAGCAAUAGUGAUAUCCCCUUAUCAUCUGUACAGCUGCUCAUAUAAAAUGGAGAGUAUGAUGUUACCAUCAGUACAUAAUCAUGAUAUGAACUUCAUUUCUAGUCCUACUCACCUUCGUAGAGUGUAGGGAAAUGGGUUCCUUCAGAGAUUCAAAGUACAUUUACAGUAGUAUACAACCCUGAGAUUUGUCUUCCCCACAGACAGCCACGAAACAAAGAAAAACCACGGAAAACAUUCAAAGAAAAACUUGAAACAGCUCUCCUUCUCAUGCACAAAAAAAAAUCAGACAAACGGCAACCAAAAAACCCGAGUAAAAAACACAGAUUGUAGAAAAUACAAAAGUGUUCCUAUUGUACUUUGUAAACUUGUAAAUAUAUGAAAAUAAGCAAGGUGGCAGGAGGUUGGAACCAAGCUCGGUUUGGAUACAUUUCAUUGUAAGUAUUUAGUUGUUUUACGACUCAUGUAUUUCAAGGGUGAGUAGGGAGUGCAAGGCGUUGCAUCAGUCAAAACAUUGAUUGGUGGAAGAGGCUCAGGAUUUAUAUUUCUGGAAUCCUGUGGAGUUUUUUAUUCAAUGCAUUGUUACAACAUAACAUUCAGUAUUUCAUGAAUACCGGCGACAGUUCACACUGGAGCCUAAAUCAGUAUUUUCGAUUCUUGUGAAUAAUCUAUGCAUACAUGUGUUACCCUAUUUUUUAACUUUUAAAAAUUAAAGUGCAUUUCUAGAAAAUCUAGUCUUUAAGGCAUUACUAAUGUAUGUUGAUUAUCCUGAUUGGUUAUUCAGAGUCAAUAUUGCUAUUUAUUCUUCCAAAGCAGGAGUUCCCAACCUUUUUUAUGCCAUGGACCAAUGUCAUUAAGCAAGGGGUCCAUGGACCCCAGGUUAGGAACCCCUACUCUACAUGUUUAGGAUAGGGGUU